GCCCCGCGCCGCCUGCCCGCGCCCCGCCAUGGAGGAUCUGGAUGCCCUGCUCUCUGACCUGGAGACCACCACCUCACACAUGCCAAGGUCAGGGGCUCCAAAAGAGCGGCCCCCAGAGCCACUCACACCUCCCCCACCCUAUGGCCACCAGCCGCAGACAGGGUCUGGGGAAUCUUCAGGAGCCUCUGGGGACAAGGACCAUCUAUACAGCACGGUAUGCAAGCCUCGAUCGCCAAAGCCUGCGGCCCCCGUGGCCCCUCCAUUCUCUUCUUCCAGUGGUGUCCUGGGCACUGGACUCUGUGAGCUAGACCGUUUGCUUCAGGAACUUAAUGCCACCCAAUUCAACAUCACAGAUGAAAUAAUGUCUCAGUUCCCAUCUAGCAAGRUGACUGCAGGGGAACAGAAGGAGGAACAAUCUGAAGACAAGAAAAGACCCAGCCUUCCUCCCAGCCCAUCCCCUGUUCUCCCAAAGCCUUCAGCCACCUCGGCCACUCUGGAGCUGGAUAGACUGAUGGCCUCACUCUCUGACUUCCGUGUCCAGAACCAUCUUCCAGCCUCUGGGCCAACCCAGCCACCAGUGGUGAGCUCCACUAAUGAAGGUUCCCCAUCCCCUCCAGAGCCAACUAACAAGGGCAGCCUGGACACCAUGCUGGGGCUGCUCCAGUCUGACCUCAGCCGCCGUGGUGUUCCCACCCAGGCCAAGGGUCUCUGUGGCUCCUGCAGUAAACCUAUUGCUGGGCAGGUGGUGACAGCCCUGGGCCGCGCCUGGCAUCCGGAGCACUUCGUUUGCGGUGGCUGCUCCACCACCCUGGGAGGUAGCAGUUUCUUCGAGAAAGAUGGAGCCCCCUUCUGCCCCGAGUGCUACUUCGAGCGCUUCUCUCCAAGAUGUGGCUUCUGCAACCAACCUAUCCGACACAAGAUGGUCACCGCCUUGGGCACCCAUUGGCAUCCAGAGCAUUUCUGCUGCGUGAGCUGCGGGGAGCCCUUCGGAGAUGAGGGUUUCCACGAGCGUGAGGGCCGCCCCUACUGCCGCCGGGACUUCCUGCAGCUGUUCGCGCCGCGCUGCCAGGGCUGCCAAGGCCCCAUUCUGGAUAACUACAUUUCAGCGCUCAGCGCGCUUUGGCACCCUGACUGCUUCGUCUGCAGGGAAUGCUUCGCGCCCUUCUCCGGAGGCAGCUUUUUCGAGCACGAGGGCCGUCCGCUAUGCGAAAACCAUUUCCAUGCACGGCGCGGCUCGCUGUGCGCCACGUGUGGCCUCCCAGUGACUGGCCGCUGCGUCUCGGCCCUGGGCCGCCGCUUCCACCCGGAUCACUUCACUUGCACCUUCUGCCUGCGCCCCCUCACCAAGGGCUCCUUYCAGGAGCGCGCCGGCAAGCCUUACUGCCAGCCCUGCUUCCUUAAGCUCUUCGGUUGAUCCGCCGAGCUUCCCGUUCGUGAGGCCGUGCUCCCGCAAAGAAAAAGAGCGAGUCCUCCAGACCCCAAGGUCUUGCUUUCUGAACUUAUGGCUGUUCCCAACUCCCGCUCUUUGUAGCCCCACCUGCCGAAGAGAGCCGUCCCUAAAGUACACUACGUCCCCCGGUGGCCAAGUUCAGAAAAGGCCCCACCCAUCCGAACCCACACGCCCAAAGAGGAUCUUAGGCUGAAGAGAGAUCCCGAGUGAGUCCUUCACUCUGUUCCCACCCUUGAAACAGCCCCCUGACUGGAGGAAGCGUCCUUGCAAUUCCGACCAAUCAGAGGCCAGAUCAGGACAUCCCUGUUUCCCGCUCCCUCACCAUUCUGUGCACUUUUUUCUACGUACAUAAAUACACAUUCCACGUCU